AUGAAGCGUCUUUCAGGAAAGAGGUCACUUCCUACUGGGUACUUUGACAUCUCUCCCACCCUAUAUGGCUCCUCUCAAAGCGUCUCCCCCGCCGACAUUAGCCCCGGUACACAGCUCCGACGACACUCACAGAGCACCACUCGACGUCCCUAUUUCCGUUUCCAUCCGGAAUACGAUGCCAUACACAAGAGAAUACACAGCCAUACCACUAAAACAGGCCGGCCUGGGGAAAUCCUUGGUGCGUCAGAGACGCAUACACUCCCACGUGAAGAGACCCUUUCCGGAAAGCCUAGAACUGGUCGAUCAGCAGAAUUUUCUUCCCUGCACUCGUCUCGACGUUCCUCUGGGGCGUCCGCGAAGAGUUCGCCUCCAUUGGGUGUACGACCGACGAAAGAAAGUCAUUCAUAUCCCUUUCGUCGGCCGAAGGUGAGCCGUGCCCUGGCGAGGUCGCCUUCUUGGACCACUAGGGUCGAGGGGAGAAAUGCCUCAGCUGAUUUCGCUCGGCGACCGUCUUCGACUGUGUCAGAGACGAAGACGCAGACGAGCGUCGGCGACAUCAUUGUUGUCCGGACCGAUCAAACCCCGUUAAGGCCGCCAUCGAAGAGUAUCCCUCCUGCUGAAAAGUCCAAGACCGGUUCUAUCAAGGUGGAGACAGAGUUCACGGAGCCCGACUCGCGUCGUAGAAAGACUCAGUCUUCGGAGCAGCAAGGCCAAACAUCGUCUCGCAGAAGUUCACUCAAUCCCAAACAAAUCCUAACGAUCCCUCUUCAUUAUAUCCGCCGUGCGAGUCUGCCCAAACGCGCAAGGACGCCAACCAUUACUGAGCCGCAACCGUCAUCAAACGCAAGAGAUACACGAAUGGCAGAUCAUACCAGCCAGCUCAAGAGGAACUAUACAUCAGAGACACUUCAACGUGUGACUGGAAUCUUGCAAGAGAUAAAACAAGGACCUCAAACCUCGCUGUGGCCGCCUCAGGUCAUAAGACCGUUAAGGUGGAGAACCUUUUCAGACAAGUCGUUCUCACAAGGAAAAAAGGAACCGCAGACCGUGCAAGGCAUUACAUCUGAGAUUGGCAACAAUCAAAAAUGUAGUGGUGAACAAUUCUCGGACAUAGAAUCAUACACUUCAAGCCAGAGAAAUCUACGCUUGGGCGUCGCCCCUUCCAAUACUCCAGACGAAACAGCCACUUACAAAGUUAAAAGAAGCCCUAGUGCAGAGACCGAGGAAUUCCUGAGAGUCGACAUUAGUGUCAGAGGAGGGACCAGCUACCUACCCAGCGAGGCUCGUCGAAUACACACUCCACCACUGCCGGAAGAAGGCGCAGAUGGCCGAUGGAAGGGUUUUUUCUUCGACUACAACGCCCCUAGACGGCCUGGCAGCCUACGGGGAUCAGACAGCGCUGAAGCUGGAGUGGACAGUGCCAGCACCAGUCCAGAGAGCACCGCAACCUUGGGUCAUCCCUUGUCCGCACCAAUCAGCAAGAAGCUAGAAAGGACCCAAAGCAAGAACAAACGGAUCCUGGCAGGGGACUGGUACGAUGUGAAGCUGGCAGAACUCGACUUGGGAAUCCAGGCCGACCAAGGAGAAAUGAACAAUGCCAAAGAAGGGGACAGAAGAGUCAACUCGCCAGAGUGUCUGUCUAAGAUCCAAAAGAUCUUGCAGGAGGCUGAGCAAUUUGACUUGACCAUCCCCGAGCAUCUGCCCAGCAGCCCGCUGUGUCCAAGACAUCCCAGAUAUUGGCGGGUGGUCAAGGGAAGAGGCAGCCAAUUCAGGGGCUGUUGGAUGCAUGGAGUUGGUGUCUUCGAAUAA